AGUUCCUAGAUAAUCAUGUCCUAAGAAAAGCAUAUUGUGACGACAGACAAAGAAAAAGACGCCGUCAUGAAACGAAGUUGACUGCUCCUUGCUGAACAGUAAGAAUCAGUCAAACUCCAGUUUGGAAAUCGUACCCUAGACUAUCACAUCCGCUCCUGAAUUCAUACUGAACCAGUCCUACCCCAGAGUUCUUCCCCCUCCCGAAUCCUAACAUUCCUUCCAUUCCUCCCUGAUACCACAACCCCUGCUCCUCACCACAACACCCACAAGACAUAAUGAUACCAACCACCCGAGAGAAGAUAGAGUGUCUGUUGAAGACGGCAAAGUCUCUGUUUGUUCCGGGUGUGUACGGGUUACCCUGCAGCAAGCUGUGGCACCCUGAUCAUAGGCGCUGUGACAUGGCUGGCUUGCAGUUUCUCUCUGUGUGCUCUGUUAAGGCUGUCAAGAUCUACACGGCUCUCUAUCUUUUACCCCAACUUCUCAAGCACAAGUCUAUUUAUCAGGGACUAAAGAAAACCUUUCCCGACGUUAUAAGAUCAGCAGCGUUUCUCACGUGUCACUGCUACAUAACGUGUGCUGCGCACUGCGUGCUGCGCCGCCUUCUCGGCCACUAUCGUGCAAUCACUGUUGCGUUCAUUCCCUCUGCCAUUGGGAGCCUUGCCACUAUCAACAUUGAGAAAUACCAUAGACAAGAAAUACUGGCAAUCUACAUGGCGAGCUUGGCGCUGGAAUGUUUGUACGAGAUGGCAGUGUAUAGGGGCCUCAUUCCGCAGCUAAAGGGGGGUGAGGUGGUGCUGUUUUCUCUCUCCAGUGCUGUCCUCGUUCACUUUCACCGCAAUAAAGAGGUGAAAAUAAACGACACCUUGGACUGGAUGAUGAGUAAGUUGCUGGACUGCAAACACCAGUCUAAACCUGCACAUCAGAAGUAUUUGGUAACCCGGCUCAGGGAGAGACUCACUGAUCAAAUUGACCUGCUCAUAACCAGUAACUUCUCUUAUCCUCUCAGGUCAGAUUUGUGUACCCACGAAAAGUCGUGUAUAGCUCACACGUUGGACACGGGUCUCAAUGGACUAAUUUGGGGAACUAUCAUACAGAUGUGUUUACGACUACUCAGCUCUGGAGGUUCGCUACGUCAGGUGAUGCGCUUGUUUGCGCGGCGCUCUGACUUAGCACGUGUCAGUUCGUUCGUGGGCGCGUACAGUGCUAGCGUUGUGGCUCUGGAAUGUCUGUUCCAUAAAGCUGGGAUUAAAGAUAUAACCCCUGCUCUAUCAGGUGCAGUGUCAGGACUGUUGUUUGCUAUAAUGCCAGAACCUUCGGGCCCAGUAGCAUUGUACUUCUUUUGCCGAGCUUUCCAAGGUGUUUAUAAGAAGCUCAUACAGGACAAGGUGAUCCCUGAGAUUCCAUACGACACGGUGUUGUUAUUCACGCUGAGUACCGCCAUCACCAUACACACUGGAGUGUGCGAGCCUCACCUCAUGAGACCUUCCUACACAGCAUUCCUUAACUAUCUCACUGACCAAAGGUACGAACAGUUAGAUAGGCAGCUUAUAAACGAGGUAAUGAAGAACACCGUUCACCGAGACGCUCCUAAUGCUUUGAGAUGAACAAAAUAAGGAAUUACUUGUGUUUUUCGUGAUUUGUUGGAUUUUUAUUAAAUUUUAUCAUGGUUAAUUCUAUGAAUUAUGUGAAUGUUGGACUCAGACAAUACAGUUUCAUGACUUAAAUUACAUUAUUGGUUUGAAUGUAAAAUUUGUUCGUUCUAUGACUGAU